CAAACCCCGAAAGCCAGAAUGACCUUUUUACUUCAAAUUAUGCAAGUACUUGCAGUUGCAGAGAUUCCUUGGCCUGAAACUUGCUACCCAUGGGCAACUUAGCAGAGUAAGAUGUGAACCGGUGGGAUCUAUGAUUGACCAUCCAUGGCAAUACCUCAAAACGGAUAAGAUGAUCGAUCAAUAGCAUUGUGAGCAACCCAACCAAGCGAUGGUGGGUAAGCUACCAUCAUCCGGGCAUGAGAGCACCAGGGUAGCUCAAGUUUCUGCACUUGAUAGCCAAGCACGCCCUCGAUGGAAGGUCUCAUUUAAACCCGGUCAGCAUACAACUUUCUGGUCCACCCUGCCAUCUUCCUACUGUCCGUUCCCAACCUGCCCACUUGGCACUUGAGCUUCAUUUCAUUUAAAUCUACCAAAAACCAGCCAAGAAUUGUGCUCCAAGUCAGACGAACGGGCAAAAAAGCACACCCAGACAGAUCAGCUGAUUUUUACCGCCAUCUCUUCACAUUCACUCACCCACCACCUUCUGUGCCCCUUAUUUAAGCCGCUUGUUUCUGCUCCACUUCCCUUGGAUUCUCGUCAGGAUACUCACUUUUCAGAUUUACUCUUACAUACAUCAUCGUCUCGAAUCCUUUCGCUUCAUUUACUUGAUACCUGUCAUCUAUCGUCCUAUUAACUGCUUUUCCUCCCCCUCAAUCACUCCUCUUUUUAUAACUAAAAUACCCAGGCGGGAGCUCUUAUAAGCUACUCUUACCCAGUGCACCCAUAUUUUCAUAGCCACGAAAUAAUGUCGGUACUCAACCAAAAACCUAACAACCAAAAGAGCGACACGAUAAACUCUGCCAACGCGAUGACCCAAUGGAUGGAUGAAGCCUCCCCGGUCGAACGUAGGACUCAUAGUAGGACUCGCCGUAGCAGUAGUGACAUAUCCGGCUCAAGCUCAAUCGCCACCUUUUUCGAAAUCGUCAACGUACCAUCCCAAUUCGUCUCGAGUACCCGUUCGAAAUUCGAACGCACCAAAUCAAACAUCGUGGUGGUCAUUGAAGACAGCUAUUCAACUGCCUUCGAAUUUGAACACUCGGAUCAGAUCAAAGGCUACGAGAGCUCCGCGGAUUCAACCACCUUCUCCACUCGGUCGUCUCUGGAUAACGAUGCGGAGGAUACCUACGAUGGAAUCGACCGUUUGGACGGACUGCUUUUGCCGGAUUUCUUUACUUACACGAGCGAGGAGCGCGAAUUAAUCAGACAAAAUCAACCUAUCCUUCGGACUCAACUGACGAAGACCGACGAAAACAAUUCCUCCCAGCCCGAUGGAACUCUCAAACAAAACCUCCAAACUUCCAACCAAGCCAUAUUCUGACUACCAGACGCACCAAUCCUUCCACUCCCAUGCCCAAAUGACCCGGUCAUCCUCGUCGAUUCAACAGACUCAUCCAACCUGUUGGAGAGCUCAGACAUCACCAGUUAGACAGCUUCAUUCACUUCUCCCUCAUUUCUUCUACUGGUUUGGAAUCGAGAUAAUUAGAUACUUCCUUCACUCAUUGGUCACCUGCGAUUUGUAUAUCCUUGUUUUCCAUCUUCGAUUUCUUCAUGAAGCUGCUAGCUGCUCCAAUCACUUUUUUUCUUUACUUCUCAUCUUCUCAACCGUGUUGUGCUUGUCCUUCUUUGUGCGGUGCUACAAUCAUUUCGUUUUUUCACACUCCGAACUUCAUUCCCCUCGCUUUUUCUCUGAGACUUCUACUAAAAAUCUGACUACAUUGGAAUAAAAGUUGGUUCAUUAUUGUUACCCCUCAUCACAUUGAUGUGCUAUCACAUGUUUUCCCACUAGGGCAACAUCUUCCCAUUUG